AUGGCGUCAGCUUUACACGCAGCUAACCCUGAAAGUUGGUCGCUGAAAACCCUACAACCGAACCGUCAUCAUUUAUCGCCGUCCUUAAUGCAACAGACCCUCCAGGCCCACACCAAUAUCAGUGUGAACAAUCAUUUGGCACAUAAUGGACUGGAUUCUCGCAAUAACCCUGAAAUGACAGCAGCAACAGCGACAACAGUCCACCCUUAUUCACACAACCCGUUAUCUCAGCAACAUAUACCGGCCCCUAGAAGUCCACCCGAAGAUCACAACUCUGUUUUUUACCCAUGGAUGGGAAUUGUUGGAAAUUUCAUCCCUGAAGGCAAAAAAGGGAAUUUUGUCCCUGAAGGCAAAAAAGGGAAAUUCGUCCCUGAAGGCAAAAAAGGGAAUUUCGUCCCUGAAGGCAAAAAAGGGAAUUUUGUCCCUGAAGGCAAAAAAGGGAAUUUUGUCCCUGAAGGCAAAAAAGGGAAUUUCGUCCCUGAAGGCAAAAAAGGGAAUUUUGUCCGUGAAGGCAAAAAAGGGAAUUUCGUCCCUGAAGGCAAAAAAGGGAAUUUUGUCCCUGAAGGCAAAAAAAGGAAUUUCGUCCCUGAAGGCAAAAAAGGGAAUUUUGUCCCUGAAGGCAAAAAAGGGAAUUUCGUCCCUGAAGGCAAAAAAGGGAAUUUUGUCCCCGAAGGCAAAAAAGGAAAAGAAGCUGAAAAAGCUGAUUUCCCAUUCUUCUAA